AUAACUCUAAUUUGAGAGCAUUCGGUCUAGCAAUGGUAAGACGGAUAUCCAAAAAGGAAUUUAUCCACGGAUUGACAGGAAGUCCUUAAAAGGAAAGAGGAGCUCCAGGAAUUCAGAGGAAAAGCUUGCAUCACAAUGGGGGUGACAUUACCACAUUUUAAUAUAACCAGUUCUCAAGAAAUUUCUUUUAACCUGAACAGCAUGAAGGUCAAGUGUAUAAAACCUGAAGCCUCACAGUUGAGUUGAAGCAGAGAGAAGAGAACUGCUCAGAGAAAACAGCUGCUCCAAGAUAACUUUCACUUAUUCAACACAAAGAUGAGACUCAUCACUCAGAGCAUCAUCCUCUUGGUCUGUGGGCUCAUUUGCCACUCAGCAAUUUUGAAGUGCCGGUGUCUACGAACAUCCCAGAGAGUAGAUGAAUCUCUCAUCCGCACAGUUGAAGAGCUUCCACCUCGUCCGUAUUGUGCCAAGGAUGAAAUUAUAGUCACACUAAAAGACAAUAAGAAAGUGUGUCUGGACCCCACACAUAAGUUUACCAAAGCAGUCCUGGCAUCAAUGAAAAAGAAUAGUGGAAAACCAGCUAAAGUCAGAACCACCACAGCAACAACGACCACAACUACAGCUGCUACUUCACCGUCAACAUCGUCAUAAUGACAUUUUUAAAAAAAAUUUUUAUUGUCAUCAAAGCAGAGAACUGAAAUGAGUGAAGAUGAAUAAAGGUAGCUAUUGUGACAAAACAGAAAUAAACAUUCAGCUUAAAUGAGCCUGAGGAAGAUUGCUGCUAAUGCUGGACUGAAGAAUCUUGAGAUGUUUUUGGUUGAUUUAAAAUAAUAAUAAUCACUUUCAGUUAUUGUGAUUUAUAGACUCAGUAAUGCUUUAAUCUAUUUCUAAACAAACAUUUUUGCUAAAAUAUCUAUUUUUUUAUCUGCUUUAAGGAAAUAAAUCAAGAAAUGCUUUUUUUUACUGCACCUGUUUCCAAGGCUGAAAUGAUAAAGUGCUGGCAGUUGAAAUUGUUUUAAUUGAUUGAUUUGAAAUGAAAUAAAUAAAAAUUGCUC